AUGAACCCCCUGUUUGCUAGGAUCCUGCUCAGCACCCUGCUGCGGGCUGCCUUAGGAAACCGCAAGCGGUGCUAUGACUGCGGUGGGGGCCCCAGCGGCUCCUGCAAAGAGACCGUGACCACUUGCGGCCAGGGCAAACGCUGCGGCUUCCUGGAGCGCAAACCCCAACCAGACCUGAGACAGACCAAGCCAUCUGGAAACCCCUCAGUGACCUUGAUUCAUCACCAUCCAGCCUGCGUGGCGGCCCAUCAUUGCAGUGAGUGAGUGGAAACAGAGGUGGUGGGAGACGUGACUUAUAUGACCCACAGGGACUGCUGCGUCUGCGACCUGUGCAACAGUGCUGUGGCGAGCACUGCAGCCCCCGCGUGCAUCGUGGCUCCAGGGGUCACUGCCCUAGCCUGGCUCUUGCCAGGACUGUGGAGAGGGUCGUGGGAGUAG